GGAGCCAUUUUGCCACCUGUUUGAUUCCCAGUAAAUUUAAUUCUGGUUUUGGAUGCUAAAUACAGGCAUUUCUGCAUGUGCUGUGUUCUUGGUAUUUCUACAUUUUUUAAAAGUAAACAUAUUAUAUUGUAUUUUGGAUUACUGUACAUGCUUUAACAUGAUAUGUAAAUGUUUAAUGUUUUUCGGGAGUGCUAUUCACUUUUUGGGCACAAGAUGGAGCCAUUUUGCCACCUGUUUGAUUCCCAGUAAAUUUAAUUCUGGUUUUGGAUGCUAAAUACAGGCAUUUCUGCAUAUGUUGUGCUAGUUCUUAAUAAUAAUAAUAAUAUGCAUAAAUAUGUGAAAUUAGUCUGACAUUGAAUCAACCGUUUUAACAGGUCUAUUUGCCCCGUAGGUUCAAACAUCGAACUGAAUGCUUUUGAUUCAAUUGACUUUUGUGAGUAAACAUUAUUACUUUUACUUCUGUUCAUGUAAAUUACAAAAUUACAAAUGUCAUCUGUCUUAUUUUACAGUAACAACACCAACAUUUAACAUAGGCGGCGCAGAACCGGGUAAAUACAUGUUCUCACGUAAUAUGUAAAUCAUAAAAAUUACAAUUGGCAUUUGUCUUAUUUGCAGUAUCAGACCAGGCAUUUGUUGCAGAAACCUCAGACAUUGGUAAAUAUAUGCUCUCAUGUGAUAUGGUUUUAGUAAUGUUUAUGUCAAAUCAGCAUGUCAAAUUUUCAUAUCUAUUUUGAAAGUAAUUGAAAUAUGUGAUAAUAUGUUUUGUUUUAAUUUAGAAUUAAUCCAGCUAGUCACACAACCAGGCUUUAUAGAUCUCACACAAGAGCAAGGAGGGGCCGAAAGGCAGGACCAGGGCGCCACCCCCAGUGAGAUCGUAUUAAGAAAUGGUACCCCGCCUAUAACGCCGUCAUCAAGAAACAAUGACGUUGUAAUAUCUAACGCAGACGCAAUAGACCUUACUUCAGAUGAAGAUCUUCAGGGUGAUGACUACGAACCACCCGCAAAGAAAAGAAUCAUUGGUGUCGUCACCCCUAUGAGGAUACAUAUACCCUCGGUAAAUGACGAAAGACAAACGUCGGCGAGUGUACUAAGAUGGUCUGAUUCACAGCUAAAUGCUUGGGACCAGGCGUCAUGGGCAAGCGAAGAUGACGCACCAACGAGAGGCGGCCAAACCCCGUAUCCAUCACAAGAAGAACCAGUAGAACAAGACCAAGAACCUGCACACGAACACACACAUGAACAAGAACAAGACCAAGAAGAUCAAGAAGAAGAAGGAGAAGACGGCAACGUGUCAGUGGCUUCGAGCAAUAGUUCAUCUCGAGGUCACCAGCGCAGUGAGCACAUUGAAGCAACGCUCAAUCAUACCCUUACCGAAGUGCUGGCAAUACACACGCGUAUGGAUGGAAUUGAAACCCGUUUGGAUGAUAUUAUCCGCCUUUUAAAUGAGCAGAUGACAAUGAAUGAGAGAGGGUUCGGGUGUGUACUAUCUAACGGUAAUGAAAAUCUGAGAGAGAAAAGACUGAUGGUGGAUCUUCUAUGUGCAACUCACAGAGGUGUACAAGAGAUCAGACAUUUUCACAAUUGAAUGUUUGUCUGUUUUAUUACACUAUGAUUUGUAUAUUCUUUCACCUGUUAUGACUUUUAAAAUUUCCGUCUGAAUGUUUUUAUAUUUUGUAGCAAACCGUUUUGAUACCAUUACUGUUUUUGAACAAAAUAAAUAUUAAAAUGGCCGAUGAGAAAUGUUUUUGUGGAGACAAAAUGCAUUCCUGUCAACCAGACCAUUCUCUCACAGAGCUAUUACAGCGUGAGCUUGACUUGCAUACUGAUAACUCUGACCAAAGGUGUGAUAGAUUACGACAGAUGUUAAAUAUGUAUCCAGAAUCUGUAGAAAUGUCUUUAAAUGAUGUUUCGUUACAACGUUCUUAUAAUUUGGAUGAUUUAGAAAUGUUUGUAGCACAAUCACACACCGUUGACCUGUGUGAUCGAUUACAGAGUUUAUUAAAUGACAACUCCAUACCCAACGUACAAGAUGGUGCCGGUCUAAAUAAUGGCUCAAAAUGUAAUGAUCCUACACU